CCAUUGAUUAGGUCCACUUCAGAGGUUUGAGGUGUGGAAGGUUUAGCAGCAAAUAUUCUGACUGCUUAUGUCUGUCCUCAAAAUGAUAUAUAUAUAUAUAUAUAUAUAUAUAUAUGUUGCAAUCUGUAACUUCUCCAGUGGAUGCAACACAAUCCCACAGACUGGUCCUUUAAUAGAUAACUUGUAAAGUGUUUGUUGUAAAGAUGUACCAAAAGAGGUGAGGACUCCUCUUGAAUGUCUCAUGGCCAUUCUUUUUAUGAAUUUCUUUAUUCCUCUCUGAGUCUCUCACUUUUCACAGUUUUCAGUGUGACGUAGCAGUGGAUAAGAGUCUUUAAAUGUGUUAACAGCAGGGAAGAGUGUAUUGAUCUGGCCCAGAGGGCUGCAUUUGUUGAAAUUGAUUCACACAAUCAAAGUCGCCCAGAGGGUCUCCAGAACUGAGGAGAGGAUGCUGGAUGAUCUCAGCAUCUGCUGAAAAAAGUGCUGAGUCAGUGUGAACAAAAUCCUUUACAGCGGCCAACAGAUAAUGUUUAUGGUCUUCAUACAAGCAGCUGGAAUGAUGCUUCAGCUGAGCUACACAAUUAUAAUCUGUUGUCUCUCUAAGAACAACCUCCCUCCCUGUAUUUGUUGGAUUACUGUAAUCACGAGUCACAUCAAACAGUUCCUCUUAGAAAGUAUUUCAAUAACUUGAAAAUAUCAAUGCCAAAAUGUCACAUCUAAAAAUAUCAGCUAAAGAAAGAAAAAACAGUGAAGUCGCUGUAUUGUCUCUGUCUCCCUGCAAAAUGGUUCUCUAGUGUAAAAAAAAUCAUCUUAUAUUUUUAUUUUUCUGCAUCACAAAGCUGAGAUGUUUGUGUCGUCCUCACUGCCUCUCUCUCUCUCUCUUGUGUGUGUGUGUGUGUGUGUGUGUGUGUGUGUGUGUGAGAGAGAGAGGCGCUGUAAAGCUUUGUUUGUUUUUCCAUAGUUGUGCAGCUGCUGUAUUUGAUAGUUUGAUUGUUGCCAUAUCGUGCAUUAGAGCAGCUCACAAAAUCAGAUUAUAUUUAUAAUUCAUUUGUAGAAACUGUGAACACCACUGGCAGAUUUGAACCUCUUUUAGAACAUGAAGGAAAAGGUUUUUCAGCAAGUGCUUCUGAUAUUCCCCUGAGCAAAACAUUGCAUCCCUGUGUUGCUGCUCAGUAGAAUGGUUGUUCCAGACAUUUCUCAGGUGUUGAACGUGUGAGUCUCACUGUGUUUCAACUUAUACUGCUGCUGCUGUGUGUGUAAAUGAAUCCUUUAUGUUCCUGAUGAACAUUUCCCAAACACAUUUGAAAUUUGAUUUGAAACGGACUUGAGAUAACUAAUGCAUCACAUUGAACACUGUGUCUCCAUAGUAGCUUCCUGUCAGUAUAUUUGUUAUCUUAUCUUCUCUGACUUUGAGGCCUUUAAUAAUUGAGUGUCAUCUGACUGUAGUUCAACACUGCCCUCUAGUGGCAGGAAGGACACAAGCCUGUCUCCAGACACCUUACGUUGAACAAAAUAAUGCACUUUUUCAUCUCAUUUUAGAUCAGUGUAUAACAUCAUUUACAUGAUGCAUUUUGGGAAUCAUUUUAAAUGUUCUUUUCAGUUCUUUGAAUGCCUGCUUUUGCUAUAAGGAUGUAAAACUGUUUGAAGCUAUAGUUGUUUUCCUCUUUAUCCGAAUGAUAAAUAAGAUUGGAGAUUUCACUUAUCGACCCUGUUAAUCGUCUCUACGUUGCGGAAGUGUUCUGAUAGUGAGAGCUCACAAUGGACUGGAGGAGAGCCAGAGAUUAAUUGUGAAAUCAAAAUCAAAAGAAUUAAAUUAACAACUGGGUGUGUGAACUUCUGUCAGCAGAGUUGUUCCUCACACCUACAGCAUCUCUUUGCGGUUGGGUUGUUUUGGGUCAAUAUAAAGCCUCUGUGUCUGGCUCUGGAUGAGAGAGACUACAAAAUAAGAUGCAUUUAGACACUGAAAGCAAGUGAGAUCCUCAAACAGAACCACUGACAGUAUAUGACCCCAACACAAAGAGAAUUCAGGAGCAGGCGAAGCUUCAGAAUAGAUGCAGGAAAUGAUGGAUGAAGGGGAAGUUUGUGUUUUACUGUAGCAGGUGUGUCAACCCUCUGGUGCUCCUGCAGGAAGAGGGAGGAGGUGAGCUGGGAGGAGAAAGGGGAGACAUGCAGAUGUUUUGUUCAGCAAUCAGCUUGAUGAACAGGGUUGCUGCUGCAGCCUCAUGGAGCAACUUAUCACCUGGAAACAUUUAGAGAGAACAACUCUGGUUUCAAAAAGUGAGGAAGGACAGCAAACAAAAAUUAAGAAAACUGCAGGAGUAGAACUGGAGCUCAUCAAAAAGAGAACUGACGGACAGAAAAUGAGCAAACAUCCUCUUUGAAAGGACAAAACCAACUGACUACUACACAACAGAAGCUCAUCAGACGAACCAUAAAGAUGAUUAAAAACUGAUCCCAGAGCUUCAGAGCCUCCAACCCAACAUGGAGCAGAGGAAAGGGAGACACCAGAGUAGGAGACACCAGAGUCUGUUGAAGAUGGUCAGACACUUCUGCAGCUGGCUGACUGGCACACUGUCAACAGGUAAUCCACCAUCCAAACCCAAUAAAAAGACCAUAAAGCAGCGGUUCCUCAAACUGCUCCCCUGCUAUCGCUCUGGCUCCAGCACUUCAUCUAAUCAAAGAAGUAUAGCUGAUGAUGCCGAACUGUCGACAGUGUGCUACAGACCGGAGGGGCUCGACCGCCUCGUUCAGCAGACCAACUUCACCAAGAAAGAGCUGAAGGUCCUCUACCGGGGAUUCAAAAAUGAGUGUCCCAGUGGUGUGGUGAAUGAAGAGACUUUUAAAAGCAUCUACUCCCAGUUCUUCCCUCAGGGAGAUUCGAGUAUGUAUGCACAUUUCCUGUUUGAGGCUUUUGACACCAACAACAAUGGAUCGGUCAGCUUUGAGGACUUUGUUAUGAGUAUGUCCAUCAUCCUGAGAGGCUCCGUCACGGAUAAACUCAACUGGGCCUUUAACCUUUACGAUCUCAACAAAGACGGCUGCAUCACCAGAGAGGAGAUGACAGACAUCAUGCACUCCAUCUAUGACAUGAUGGGGAAGUAUACCUACCCCAACAUGAAUGACAGUGCUCCCAAAGAGCAUGUUGAAAACUUCUUCCAGAAAAUGGACAAGAACAAUGACGGAGUGGUAACCAUCGAGGAGUUCUUGGAGACUUGCCAAAAGGAUGAAAACAUCAUGCAGUCCAUGCACAUGUUUGACAAUGUUAUCUAAGGCUUUGGCAGACACAAACAGGAGAUUUUCCCCCUGCCUGGAGCUCAUCUGCAGUUCGGAGCCAGAGUGUACGGUGAUUCUGGGCCUUAACAGAGUGGUGCAGGGUGCAAACAGCAAUAGACUGAGGAUAUCUACCCCUAAAACCUGUGAACCCUUGUGAAAUGUAUUUAUUUAUUUUUUCAUGACAAGUGUAUAGAAAGGCAUCAAAAGGUAGAUUCUGGUGUUUGAGCUGUGCAGACCGAUUUGAACAAGCAUAUUUAACGCUGUAGAGAAACAGCUCAAUAACAGGAAGCAUUGAUGAACAGAUGGCUCUGCUAUGGCCUCUUCACUCAUAGAAGUUAUGAUUAUUAGAUUUUUUUUUCUCUAUUGCAUGAAUGAAUGCGCAGACACAUGGAAGAAACUGAAUAAUGCUCAAAAUAUCACACUCUUUCUAUACUCACAGUUGUACUAGUCAAAGGACGGCUCUAAUAAAGGGAUGAAGUUUGAAUUCAAGCAAUAAUCUAACAUCAAAUCUUCUCUGUCCUCACAUUUACUGUAAUAUUGUGUUUUUCUAUAUGGACAUGGUAACAAUGAUGAUGAAAUUGAAUAAAACCACAGUUGCUAUGCAAAACUGCAUAA